AUGGAGCUGCUGGCAGCUGUAUUGCGAUUAUCUGUAGGCGUACACCAGCCUCAGACUUUAUCAAGCUUUCUUUCUACUACGACCUUCUCUUAUAUCAGUUUAACUCUUUCUUUGUCAUCAUUUCUUUCUUUCUUUCGUUCUUUCUUUCUUUCUUUCUUUCUUUCUUUCGUUUGGUCGUUCAUUCUUUUGUUCUUUUUUUCUUUCUUUCGUUCUUUGUUUCUUUCAUUCUUUCGUAUUUUUUCUUUCUAUCGUUCUUUCUUUUUUCUUUCUAUCGUUCUUUUUUCUUUCUUUCGUUCUAUCUUUCAUUCUUCCUUUCUCUUUUUUUCUUCUUUCUUUCUUUCUUUCUUUCUUUCUUUCUUUCUUUCUAUCUUUCUUUCGUUCGUUCGUUCUUUCUUUCUUCCUUUGUUUCUUUCUUUCUUUCUCUCGUUCUUUCUUUCUUUCUUUCUUUUUGUUCUUUCGUUCUUUCUUUCGUUCGUUCUUUCUUUUUUUUCCUUUAGUUCUUUUUUGUUUCUUUCUUUCGUUCUUUCUUUCUUUUUCGUCCUUUUUUCUUUCUUUUUUCGUUCUUUCUUUCUUUCACUCUUUUUUCUUUCGUUUUUUUCUUUCGUUUUUUUUCAUUCUUUCGUUCUUUUUUCUUUUAUUCUGUCGUUCUAUCUUUCGUUCUUUCUUUCUUUUGUUCUUUCUUUCUUUCUUUCGUUUUGUCGUUCAUUCUUUUGUUCUUUCUUUCUUUCGUUCUUUUUUUCUUUCUUUCGUUCUUUUUUCUUUCUUUCUUUCGUUCUUUCUUUCUCUCGGUCUUUUUUUCUUUCUUUCUUUGGUUCUUUCGUUCUAUCUUUCGUUCUUUCUUUCUGUCGUUCUUUUUUCUUUUUUUCUUUGGUUCUUUCGUUAUAUCUUUCGUUCUUUCUUUCGUUUUUUCUUUCUUUCGUUCGUUCUUUCUUUUUUCUUCCUUUAGUUCUUUUUUGUUUCUUUCUUUUAUUCUUUCGUUCUUUCUUUCUUUUUUCGUUCUUUUUUCUUUCUUUUUUUCGUUCUUUCUUUCUUUCAUUCUUUUUUCUUUCGUUUUUUCUUUCGUUCUUUUUUCUUUCAUUCUAUUGUUCUAUCUUUCGUUCUUUCUUUCUUAUUUAUACACUACAGCGGGGAACGGGUCUGCAUUUUAUUUUAUUUUACUUUUCUUUCUUCAGCCGUUUUACUUCCAUCUUUUCUCUUUUUUUUAAUAAUUUAUUUUCCUUUCAUUCUUACAUUCUCGUUUCUCUCUCUCUCUCUCUCUCUCUCUCUCUCUCUCUCUUUGUCUCACUCUCUUUUAUUUUUUCUUAUCCACAAUUCUCUCCUUGUUCGACACAAUCGAGUUCUUUACUAUAUUUCUUUCGUUUAUUCUUUCUUUCUUAUACUCUUUUCCGAUUUUCUUCUCUCCUUUCUUUAUUCUCUUUCUUUCUUUCUUUCUUUCUUUAUUUAUUUCUUUCUUUAUUUCUUUCUUUCACACUCUUCCUUACAGGCUCUUCCUUUCAGACACUGUUUCUUUCUUUCUUUCUUUCUUUUAUUCGUUCUUUCUUUCGUUCUUUCUCUUCUAUAAAUUUGUUCUCUUUGUUUUUUUCCUUCCUUUCUCUUUCUGAUACUUUGAUCUCAUUCUUUCUCCCUUUUCUUUCUUCCUGUUUCUUUCUUUCUCAACGAUAUAGCGUUUCCUUCUUUCUUUCUUUCUUUCUUUCUUUCUUUCUUUCUUUCUUUCUUUCUGUCUGCCUUUCUUUCUUUCGUUCGUUCUUUCUCUCAUAG